AGCAUGUGGACAAAUGUUUUUAUAUGCUCUAGGUAGUCCUAGUGUGGGAUCUGACUUGACUCUAGCAAUGCUGGGUCUGGUUUUAUAGAUCAGAACGACGAUGGCUGAUUCGGAAAAGGCUUAUCGCUAGUAGUAAAAAUCGCAAUCUGUGGAUGCUGUACAUGUUUUCAAGGGACAAGCAUCGCACGUUAACUGAAAAAAAUGGCACGUUACCAAGAUUGCUAAAACUGGUGGAUCAGCUUGGAUGAGAGGAGGGGAGUCUUCGUCGGCAGUGCUUCACUGUUCUGGACGCACAUUAUGCUGGCUCAUAAUGGACUGGCCCUCAUCACCGAGAAACUGCAGAACCAGAAGCUGGAGGAACCAGCCCAGACCAGCUGCAGCAAAUUACCAGUGACCCAAGAUAAUCCAACCAAGACAGCUUCACAACAACAGUCCAAUAACCUUUCUGUCAAAGGUAAAAAUGUCUGGGCACAAUCCCUGGAAUCUGAGAGACAGGGGCGACACAAGUUUGGAGCCCCUGAUGUCAAGACUGUACUUAGGCCCCCAGAAAAAGCUACAUCAUCCAUAUGUUUGCACAAAAAACAGUCAUGUCAAUGCUGUGAUAGCGCCCCAGGGACUCCCACGGCGCCCCCAAAAAAGAAGCACUGUAGAUCAUUAUCCGUCCCACCAGACGGCCCCAUGGUUUUGCCAGCCCCUUCUAAGGACACUGGUAGCAAAAUAUGGAAGCCCAUUGCUGUGACCCCAAGAAGCAUUAGCAAUUUUCAGACAAAAGACAGGCAUAAUUUAUCUGCUCAAUGCAUUGAAAGCAGCAAGUGGUUGCCCAAACUAAGCUCAGGUUUCAAACUUGUCCCAGUUGUUCCUUCUCCACCAAGCGUGGACAGUGGACAUUACACCACAUCUGACCUCCAGACUCCUCCUGGGUCCCCCGUGCCCAGACCAGCCUCUGCAGCCAGUGAUACAUCUUUCAGCUCCCUGGGAUCUGCCUGGUUGGACUAUAGCCCUAUGCGGACUAGGAUACGAGUCUUGGAAAACCGCAGUCUUUCAUGUGAGGACAGAAUCUCUGCAUCCUCCUCCACUAUGUCGAUGCCCUGUGUUCAUGGCAGCAUAGAUCCUUCAUCAAGCUGCUGCAGCAGUCAGGAUGGCAGCAACAGUUGUAGCAGUGGCAUCCCCAGGUGCCACUCACAACCAUGUGUUCUUCAUCAUCGCCGCUGUGGCAAAAAACGACGGCGUGACUGUGAUAGACCCACACUUAACUUUAAUAAAAUGACAGAGACUGCCUACUCACAUUCUCACAGGCGCUCUGAACCAUGGAAUACACCAAUCAGUGAUCAAAAGCUCCAUUUGUCUGGUCAAGAUGGCUAUCUGGAUAACAUGACAAGCCACACACUCAAUACAAUUGCUAGCUCGCCACUGGACUCUGAACUUCCUGUGAUGACAAAACAUCUUGAUUUGAUUCAUGCUGCAUCCGUAGCUUUACCACUCACACCCCCAGAUCACUCAUCACCCAGUUUUUCACUUCUCAUGGCAAGAGAACAGGAGGAAGAGGAGGAGGAGGAAGAAGAGAAUGAGGCUGAUAAUUGUAAUUGUCAUGAUUCAAGGACAGAUGACAGAGUUGGGCUCUUUCCCAUAAGUGAUUUAGACUUAGAGCAGAUUGAGAACCACUGAAUGUUUUUUUAAUAAGCUAUGGUAUUUUAGUUUUAGUUAUGAAUGCUACACAUUAUAAAUAUACCAGUGGAUCUUAAAUUGUUUACACUUAAAGACCUUGAGUCUUCCCAAUUCUUUGGGCUAUUUAUCUAUCAGUAUAGAAAACUAAGCAUUGUUUAGCAUUCUUUAAGAGCUGAGUACAGUUAUCAUACUAGAUCUAGUGUAUAUUUUCAAAAGAGGUUACUUGUGAAAUUUUCCACAUUUAUUUACUGAAAAAAAUGGCUUAGUCGGUUAAUCUAAUUCAUAAUAUUUAGGACUUUUGGAUCUCUAGUGAUGUGCUAAUGUAAAUUGUGUUAAUUAAGUCUACCCAAAUGCAAAAGCUUAUCAGUUUUUUAAGUAUUUUUUAACCUGAUGCUAGGGUAAUUAAAAAACUGGUAUGGUCUGUUUCUCCGUGCUGUACAUGAUUUCUACAGAUGUAAAAAUAACCCUUUUUUUUUUUAAUUGUUUUUUUAUUGAAAGAUUUCUAUCAUAAAAUUCUACGAGUUCAAAACAACCAGUGAAAAGUAUUGUGAUCUAUUAAAUUCUGCAUUUUUUUAAGAUAUAGUUUGUUCAUUUGACAGGGAUUUGCAUGUGAUGAGCAUUCUACUGUAAAAAGUGAAAAAUUGUUUCAUAAUGACAUGUCAUAAUUCUUUAUUUGCAAUUAUAAAAUUUGUAUUCAGGUAGAUUUUAAAACUUAAAAUGUAGUGGUAUUUUAGUUGUACAUGUUAAAUUGAAUGGUUGUACAAAAAUUCUUGCUUUUUGUUGUUUCCCCAUUUCCCCCCACUCACUGUUUAGCCAUACUAAUUUUUAACAUAUUGAUAGAAUUUCAUGCUUUUGUUUCAUGAUAGCAUUCCGAUGUUCAUAGGAAGUGUAUUGCUGCACAAUGAAAAUAUCUUUAUGCCAUGGCAUUUGUUUGGUAAUUAUUAACCAAAGUUUACAUCUUUUAGAAGCUAUGUACCUUGACCCUCACUGUCUCUUAAUAUUCCUAAUUUUAUGAUUCAUCUUGGUAUUUUGUUGUCCUCUCAGCUACACAAUUAUCCUGCCACAUCAGACAAAAUGCUUGUAGCUUCCAUAACUUAGGAUUGUUCAACACAUUUCCUGUUUGUAUUAUUUGAUGAGAAAUUCUGUCUCAUAAAUAAAAUGCUUUAUUUUUAAUAUAUUUUAACAUAAGUUACAAUUUUUAUGUUACAGUUACGUAGGAACUGUUGAAAAAGUCCAAAACUUUUAAGUUGUACCCCUCCUCUUAAACUUUUUCACAAAUGAUUUAAACCCAAAAAAAUAUUUAAGAAAAACAAAAAUGAAAAACAUUGGGGAAUUUGUUACAAAUUAAAUAUACAAAUGUAAAUAAAGAGUUAGUUUUGACCUUUUAAAAUCUUAUUUUUUAAAUACUGAAUGCUGUUAAUAAUAAUAACAUGGCAGUCAAUUAAAAAACUUACUCUGUUUCUUUGUCCAUAGUAUGAGAAAUUUUCACAUCAAAUAAAUUGGUUUUUGUUCAUUUUGUAGGGAAUAAGUGUUUAAAAAGUAGAAAUAAAGCAUGUUUGGGGCCCUCUCUGCUCUGUUAUACAAGUUUUCAGCAUUCCCAACAUUUUGAAAGCAUCAUUUAAAUAAUCUUCCUCAAGGAUCAAUACAAAAAAUGCUUAAGAACAAACCUCAUUGGCAGAAAUCUGUGUUCAUUCAUUCAUUCCAUUUCAAUCUGUGCGGCUGUUCAGUUUACUCAAUCAGUUAUUACAUCCAAAUAUUAAUUUUUUAAACAAAGUUAAAACAUCGAAUAUAUUUUAUUUUAUUACAUAGGAAAGAUUUAAUUAGCUGAAACAAAUUUCUUACCAACUAGAAAUUUAUCAAGAAUAUGAACUUGUGUUCUAAAAGAGUUUCUUAUUGAGAGAUCUGAAGCUUUGUUCUUUAAUAGUUUUUAAAAAAUUGUUAUUAAACUGAUGUUUAAUUUUCUGAAAGAAAAAAAAGUUUUUCUCAUGCUUCAGGUUCAGUAUUAGUUCAAUGUGAAAAUCUUAGACCAGUGAUAACAUAAAGUAUGGUCUCUUAAAUUAGUUAUGGUAUGAAAGAGGCAGCACCUUUGAGUUUGAUAAUUAUUCUUUACACAAACUUAACACAUAUCAGGGUUUCACUUCUCAAUGAAGGCAGCUUGAAGGAGAAAUAAGAUCACUGCAAAAAAAAUGAUAAUAAAAAUACUUCAUAUACUAUGAACAUAUUGAUAUAUGACAUGCCCCAAUGAUUAUUUUUUUUUUACCAGCAUGCUGUAAAUGCUACAAUAUGACAUGGAGAAUAAUUAAUUACAUCAAUGAGGGGGAG